AUGAACCGUUCAGCUGAGACCACGCCGUGUUCGACUUGGACCAUGGCGGCUUCGUCUACCGGUGGAGGUACACCUGAGCCGUCAAGGUACGACCCGCGUACUCCACCUCCGAAGGCAAAGAGGGUGAGGCUUGAUGCCACACAUGAGCUGCCUAUUCCCCCAGAAUACCGUCAGCUUUCCUAUGGUGACAUGGCCACGACGAUAGAGUUCGACAUCGGCUUCGGCAGCGACAGCCAACUAUACACUCUCCAUCGGUCAGCUCUAUGCGAAGUUUCUCCCUUCUUCCGGAUGACCUUCCUCGGUAACUCUAAAGAGGCCCGGGAGAUGAAGAUGACGCUUCCUACCACAUUUUGCAGCAUAUUCGAAACAUUCGUCGAGUGGCUCUACUCACGGAAACUUCUCAUCAAUGCCAUGGACGGCGGGCUCGCGCGCAUACGCGGGCUCCGAUUCCUCGCGUCUCUCUACAUAUUUGCAGACAACUAUGACGUGCCACAAUUGAAGAACGAUACAAUGGACGUCAUCAUCUCGUGUGUGCAGGAGGGCUACCUGCUGCCCGGCCCCGAGGUCAUCAAUGAAGUGUACGACAACUUGCCCGAGGACUCGCCGCUAUGCAGGCUCCUUGUCAACGAGUACGCGCGCACGGGUCAAGUGUUGGCCGGCAGCUCUGACGACUGGCCUGCCGGAUUCGUGUUUAAGGCGUUCAACGCCACAAUGCGAGCCAUUGAAGGAUUCAGCCCACUCGGCAGGCCAACACACGAUUGCACAUAUCACGACCACGCCACCGAGGCAGAACGAUCCGCCUGCCUCGUCGAUGGAUGA